AUGGAGCUCGUGUUCCCCUCCUUCUCAAUCCUUCUCAGCUUUCUUAUCUUUGUCUUCAUGGUGAUAAAGAUUGGGAAAAGAUUUAAAACCAACGACGGAACCUUAAGUCUUCCUCCAGGGCCACAGAAAUUACCUCUUAUUGUUAAUCUGCACCAGCUUGCUGCUCUGGGAUCUCUGGGAUGUCUUCCUCAUCGUGGACUGAGAGAGUUGGCCAAGAUAUAUGGACCCUUUAUGCAUCUCCAGCUUGGAGAAAUUUCUACUAUUGUUGUUUCUUCGCCGGAGUUCACCGAGCAAGUGAUGAAAACUCAUGAUGCUGUUUUUGCAUCAAGGCCGUGUAAUGAAUUAGCAAAUUUUAUGUCCUAUGGUUAUACUGAUGUAAUCUUUUCACCAUAUGGUAAAUAUUGGAGAAAAUUAGAGAAAAUCUAUACGUUGGAGCUUUUAAGCGCCAAACGAGUCCAAUCCUUACGAUCCUUAAGAGAAGAAGAGAUGUCUAAUCUCAUAGAUUCUAUUGCUUCUGUAGCGAUGUGGCAUUCUGAUGACACGUGGAAGUCAACUUGGGAGUUGGCUGGUCAAAAGAGAGAAAUGGUUAGAGGUGCUGUGCUGGAAAUCCAAGAUCCGUCUGUGGAAUCAACGGUGAUGCUUCAAAAGCAGGAUCAGUGA